CAAAUUCCAACUUUAAAUUUGAGCUACUUUUGUGAUGGAAAUGGGCCUUCUGCAAGCACGGUUCGGAAGACGAGUACGGCCCACGGUGUCUUCUUGGGCAAACGCGUUUUGGGGAUCGUAGGGCGCGUUCGAGCUAUACCGUUCGCCACCUCUCCGCAUCCCUCGCCGCCGCCGCCGCCGCCGCCUACGACGAUACCCAGGUAGAAACCGGCGACCGGAGAUGAUGUCUGGCGGCCCCAGCGACGCGACCCACCGGAAGAGGCGGCGAGGGCGAGGGCGGGGGCGCAAGGACGGGGAGGACGGCCCCUCGUUGCCCAGGGUUGAUACGACGACCAACGGAGCAGGUUGCGAAGAGGAGGACGCGGUGGAAGGGAUGGCUAUGGAGUUGGAUGCGGGGACGGGUGCCGCCGAGGUGGGAGGCGUGGAUGGCUCGUACCUCAGCGAGACACGGUUCGAUCAAUGUGCUAUUUCUCCGUUGUCAAUGAAAGCCGUCAAAGAUGCUGGAUAUGAAAAGAUGACCCAGGUGCAGGAGGCAACUCUGCCAAUAAUCCUUCAAGGCGAAGAUGUUCUUGCAAAAGCAAAGACAGGAACAGGGAAAACUGUUGCCUUUUUGCUUCCAGCCAUUGAACUUCUCUCUACAUUACCUCGUUCACCAUCUAUAAAUUUGCUUGUGAUAUGCCCCACUAGGGAGCUCGCAAACCAAGUAGCUGCUGAAGCCAGAAAGCUUCUCAAGUAUCACAGCUCACUGGGUGUGCAAGUUGUAAUUGGUGGAACAAAGGUACCUCAAGAACAACGAAGCAUGCGAUCUAACCCUUGUCAGAUUCUUGUUGCUACACCAGGAAGGCUUAAGGAUCAUCUUCAGAACACACCUGGUUUUUCCAACCGAAUUAAAGGGGUGAAAGUUCUUGUUCUUGAUGAAGCUGACCGCCUAUUGGAUAUGGGAUUUAGAAGGGACAUUGAGAAAAUUAUUGGUUUUAUUCCUAAAGAACGGCAGACACUUCUUUUUUCUGCUACUGUUCCCGAAGAGGUUCGUCAAAUUUCACAUGUUGCAAUGAAGAAGGGUUACAAGUUCAUUAACACUGUUAAAGAGGGUGAUGAGGAGACUCAUUCACAGGUAAGCCAGAUGUACAUGGUUGCACCACUUGACCUACACUUCUCUAUAUUGUAUGAUGUACUGAAGAAGCAUGUCGCAGAAGAUGCAGACUACAAAGUGCUUGUAUUUUGUACUACUGCAAUGGUCACCAAACUUGUUGCUGAAGUUCUUUCCCAGCUGAAACUGAAUAUUAGAGAGAUCCAUUCAAGAAAGUCGCAAUCAGCAAGAACAAAGGUCUCAGAUGAAUUCAGGAAGUCGAAUGGUCUGAUAUUAGUUAGUUCUGAUGUAUCUGCUCGCGGUGUUGAUUAUCCUGAUGUCACCCUUGUCAUACAGGUUGGGGUGCCAGCUGAUAGACAACAGUAUAUACAUAGACUUGGUAGAACUGGAAGGAAAGGCAAAGAUGGGCUAGGUCUCUUAUUAUUGGCUCCCUGGGAAACAUAUUUUCUGAAUAGCGUUCAAGAUUUGUCUGUAUCAGAGGCUGUGGUACCUACAAUUGAUUCGAGAAUUCAGGCAGUGGUCCAAGAUGCACUCGGAAGAGUGGAGACAAAGUGCAAGGAAUCAGCCUAUCAGGCAUGGCUAGGGUACUACAACUCAAAUAAGAAUAUUGGUCGAGACAAAUCCAGGCUAGUUAGGCUCGGAGAAGAGUUCAGCCAGAGCAUGGGUCUUGCAAUUCCGCCUGCCAUACCAAAACUCAUUCUUCGAAAAAUGGGCCUUAUCAAUGUUCCUGGACUGCGAUCGGUAUAAUCCUAAUGCUCGAUAUUGAUUUGGCCAGACUACAUUGUGGGCAUCUGAAAGCCAACCAAAAUGCUCUUGGGAUGGACUGGAGCUUUGCAGAUCGAUGGCUGAAGGUUUGGCAAGACUACUAUUUUUACUGCCCCCUGACUCCCUGAGUUUGACAACUUCAGUUCCAAAAUGACUGCUGCAUUCUUUUUGAAGCCAGCUCAUCUUGACCGGUCCAUUAUCACUACCGUGCUGAGUCAAAGUCGAAAUGAACCCAGUGAUCCUUCAUAUAACUAUUUUUUUCACGGUUGUACUGACCUAUUCCCUCGUCAUGUAUAAUUUUUCUGCGCCAUAACGAAACAGCGGGCCCUUGGGGCAUUCACGGUGCAUGAAGUUUUAUUUGAGUGGUCUCAGAUGUCACAUAAGCAUAUCCUACUCAUCAAAAAUCUGGUUAGGCCAUUCACAGUGUACCUACAUGGUGAGUGGUUUUAACUCGUCAUGUAGAUGCACUGUAUACGUGGAGGUGAGAGGGUUGGGGAUAAGAGGUUCUACGUAUCUUCAUCAGGGUAUAAGGUGCUGCUUUAGAAAAGAACAUGAAGCCACAACUUGGAAGUGCAUUGGAGCAAAAGAAAAAAGCCGUAGAGGGAAAAAGUGGAGAGUAGAGUGAAAAGUUGCACAAUAGCCCACGGGAGGAUAUGGUGCACUGUGAAUCAAGUAGUUUUAAAAUUGCAUUUAAAAUUGCUUCAUCCUAGUUGGACUAGGAGUAAGUCUGCCAAUGGGCUGGAUUCGUUUGCAUCUAAUGGGAUCUUGAGUUGGAUUGUUUUGGUUGGUUUGAAAUGGCCUAGAAUUUUAUUUUGGAUUGGGGUGGAUUGGGCUAGCCACUCGGAUGGUCUGGAUUGUAUUAGAUGUGGCCAGACUAAAGGAGUCAAUCCAUGGAUUGAAUCCAUGGAUUAAGGCCCAAAUAGCUAGAGUUUGCAAGACUGCAACGCACUGAAGCCACACAACGCACGCACUUCGCCCUUCCGCCGGCCGUCGUGCUUCGCCCUUCCGCCACAGGUGCUCCGCCUGCACUUCCAUCGCCGGCGUUCCUCCCGCUCCGCCGUUCCUCCA